AUGAGGAACAACGCAGAUGUUCAGUGUCAGGAAGCCAAGGCUCAAGGACACCCCUGCCCCGAUGGCCCGUGCGUGCGGAGGUAUUACUUACCUGUGCAAGUUUUCUCCCCUCACACCCUUCAGUCAAGUGCCUUCUGUAGUGUGAAGAAACUGAAAGUCGAGCCGAGUUCCCACUGGGACUUGACUGGGUACGGCUCCCACAGCAAAGCGUGCAGCCAGAGCAAGAGCAUCCCACCUUCGCAGCCGGCCACCACAAUUGUCAGCACCUCUUUGCCAAUCCCAAACCCAAGCCUACCUUACGAACAGACCAUCAUCUUCCCAGGAAGCACCGGGCACACAGUCGUAACAUCAGCAAGUAGCACUUUCACUGGGCAAGUCCUCGGAGGACCACGUAACCGAAUGCAUCGCAGCACUGUGAGCCUCCUUGAUACCUACCAAAAAUGUGGACUCAAGCGUAAGAGUGAGGAGAUCAAGAACACAAGCAGCAUACAGAUCACUGAAGAGCACCCACUCAUGAUUCAGAAUAAUGCCAGCAGGGCCACUGUAGCCACCGCCACUACAUCCACUGCCACUUCCAAAAACAGUGGCUCCAACAGUGAAGGUGAUUAUCAGCUGGUGCAGCAUGAAGUGCUGUGCUCCAUGACCAACACCUAUGAGGCUCUGGAGUUCUUGGGCCGAGGAACGUUUGGGCAAGUGGUCAAGUGCUGGAAACGGGGCACCAAUGAAAUUGUGGCCAUCAAGAUCCUGAAGAAUCAUCCUUCGUAUGCCCGGCAGGGUCAGAUAGAAGUGAGCAUCCUGGCCCGGCUGAGCACAGAGAGUGCUGAUGACUACAACUUCGUGCGGGCCUAUGAGUGCUUCCAGCACAAGAACCACACGUGCUUGGUCUUUGAGAUGUUGGAGCAGAACCUCUAUGACUUUCUCAAGCAGAACAAGUUCAGCCCCUUGCCCCUCAAGUACAUUCGCCCAGUCCUCCAGCAGGUAGCCACAGCCCUGAUGCAACUCAAAAGCUUGGGUCUUAUCCAUGCAGACCUCAAACCAGAGAACAUCAUGCUGGUGGAUCCAUCCAGACAACCGUACAGAGUAAAAGUCAUUGACUUCGGCUCAGUCAGUCAUGUGUCCAAGGCUGUGUGUUCCACCUACUUGCAGUCCAGGUAUUACAGGUACAGUUUUAUAGCUCUUGUCUUCUAG